ACCUUUCUUGGAUACAGGGAUGGGGGAAAGAAAAGGAAAGGAAAACCCACAGGACCACCUGCUUUUGUUCCAUAUGCUUCUGCCUACCCCUGUUCCUCUUCUUCUUCUUCAUCUUUCUCCCCAUUUCUUCUACUAAUCAAGCUAACUAUGCCGUCAAGACCCUUUCCACCAAAUCCGAACCCUAAAACCAGGGUCCUGUUCUUGACCAUUAUAGUCUCUGCUUCUGCGCUCAUCCUCUUUGCCGUUCUUUAUUUUCUCUUCUACCUCUGGUACUCUCUGGUCCACCGCUCUCGCACCAGCCCUUUUGAUUCCAAUGCUCCUUGGAAGCUUCAUAGAUACUCUUACAGAGAGCUCAAAUCCGCCACGAAUGACUUCGCUAAGUCCAAUUUGAUCGGUAAAGGCGGCUCUGGUACUGUGUACUUCGGCAUUCUGCGGGAUGGGAAGUCUGUGGCUAUUAAGAAGCUCGACGCUUCUUUGUCGGCGGAGCGAGAGUUUCAGAACGAGGUGCAGAUUCUGAGCGGUCUGAAAUCGCCUUUUCUUGUGACCCUUUUGGGGUAUUGCGUGGGAAAGUGUAAGAGAUUACUUGUUUAUGAGUAUAUGCCGAAUCGAAGUUUGCAAGAAUCUCUUUUCUCGGAAGGGAAUUCGAGUGCAAGUUCGAACUCGAAUUCGGAUUUGUGUCCCACUUUGAAUUGGGAAAUGAGGUUUGCGAUUAUUUUGGAUGUUGCGAGGGCGCUCGCAUUUUUGCACAACGAGUGCGAUCCGCCGGUGAUUCACGGGGACGUUAAGCCGAGCAAUGUUUUGCUGGAUUCGGAGAACCGGGCGAAAAUUUCAGAUUUUGGAUUGUCGAGGGUGAAGUUGGAAGGAGAGUUUGGGAUGGAGUUAUUUAGUCAGGAAUUGGGUCGGAGUCAGGAGCUGUGGAAGAGCCAGGAGCUCUCGGGAAAUUUAGCGGUGGUGGGUGUGGACAUUCCGGCGAUCGGGACUCCGGUGGAGAGUUGUAAUGAGGUAGAUUUUGCACUUGCUUUGCAAGCUUCUUCUUCUUCAAAAAAUAGUAAAGCAUGCCAUAACUCCAAAACGUUAAAUAUAAGUUCUUUGAAUUUCAAUACCAAUGCUACAAGUGAGAAUGAUGCUAGUAGUAAUGCAAAGGGAAAGGAGGUUUCAAGCAUGGAUGUUCGUGGGGAAGAUUGUAAUAAAUUUGCAGCUUAUGAUGAUGAAUCUUGUAGUGCUGAUCACAGUAAGGAGUUGAAUUUUUGUGCUUCAACACUUGCAGAUGAUACGGCUGGGGUAAAACAAUGGGGAAAGGAUUGGUGGUGGAAGCAGGAUGGUAGUGGGGAAUUGUCCAGCAAAGAUUAUGUUAUGGAGUGGAUAGGGAGCCAGAUUUGUCCCUCGGCAAACCCUGAUUGGGAUGAAGAUAAGAAGUGCUCGGCGGAGACAACCCAUUUGGAUAAUUCAAUUGGGUUGGAUAAAUUAGAAGACAUGGGUGAACCUCAAUUACACGAAUUAGGUUUUGAAAAUUCCAAGAAGAGGUUUGAGAAGAAAGAAUCGAGGGGCUGGAAGACCCGUAAUAAGAAGCAUAGGAAGAUCCAAGAAUGGUGGAGAGAAGAACAUCUUGCUGAAAUUAGCAAGAAGAGCAGUAAUCUAAAGAAGCUCGAAGUGAAGUGCAAGAAAGGCUUCAAAAUUCCACAUUUCAAUAUGGGUCGACAUUUUCAUUUUCAAAGGCGAAGAAAAUUUAGAGAACAGAAUCAAAAUGACAAUGAUCAAAGUGGGGAAUUCAGCUUUAGAAGGGGUUGGAAGAAAAAGAACACCCAUUCAGGGGGAAGUGAGAUGUGGAGUGGAGAUCUUUUUAGUCGUGAGCUCAGUAGCACAACAAGCAUGCGAGGUACUCUGUGUUACGUUGCGCCAGAGUAUGGUGGAUGUGGGUUCUUAAUGGAGAAGGGCGAUAUAUACAGUUUUGGGGUCUUGAUCCUUGUGAUCGUCUCCGGGAGAAGGCCACUCCAUGUCCUUUCCUCACCCAUGAAGCUUGAGAAAGCAAACUUGAUAAGCUGGUGUAGAAACUUGGCUCAAACUGGAAACAUUUUAGAUCUCGUUGAUGAGAGAUUGAAAGAGAGGUACAAUAAGGAGCAGGCAAGCUUGUGUAUCAACUUAGCGCUCGCUUGCUUGCAGAAAAUGCCAGAGUUGCGGCCAGACAUUGGGGACACUGUUAAGAUUUUAAAAGGUGAUAUGGAUCUUCCGAUUCUCCCUUUUGAGUUCUCUCCAUCCCCUCCUUCCAAAAUCCUCAGCAAGUCCAAGAGAAAAAAGAAGGCCAAUGUAGACUACAUUUAAUUUGAAACACCCUCUUGAAUUUGAUCACAUCAAGUUGUGGUUUCUGAUGAGUGUUUGUGGGAGAGAUCAAUGGGAAUGGUUUGUUAAAGAACCCUUGCAGGGUUUGGAGGUUUGUGUACUAGAGGAUUAUGUUGUUGUAAUAUAGUUCAGAACUCAAAUGAAUUUUUUCUGAUUUAUUUGUCACUAACUGGAUACAAACAUUUAUGUUAAA